GAUGCAGGAAAAUUCUAAGACACAUACGAAUGCUGUUUUCUAUCUCUGGGAUGAGUGCUGUACACAUGGUCAGCAUUACUGGAUUUUAAACCUGUAAGACUGUUACUUGACAAAUCCAGUAUUUUUACCUGUUGAAAAUUGUACCCAUAUAAUUGACAAAAAGUCAUGCCCAUCUGGAACAGGGUCAAAGAAGAACAAAAACCUCAACAGCCACAGUGGUUUCCCUUUAGUGGGAUCACUGAGCUGGUAAAUAACGUUCUUCAGCCACAACAAAAACAACAAAAUGAGAAGGAACCCCAGGCGAAAUUGCACCAGCAGUUUGAAAUGUAUAAGGACCAGGUAAAGAAGAUCGGUGAUGAGGCACAGCAACAACAGGAACAGAAGAGUGAUGCACCCACCUGUGGAAUUUGUCACAAAACCAAGUUCGCUGAUGGCUGUGGUCACAUCUGUUCAUACUGCCAAACAAAAUUCUGUGCUCGAUGUGGAGGACGGGUGUCACUGCGAUCAAAUAAGGAGGACAAAGUGGUGAUGUGGGUUUGUAACUUGUGCCGAAAGCAGCAGGAAAUCCUCACUAAAUCAGGGGCCUGGUUCUAUAGCAGUGGCCCAAACACUCCACAGGAGGCUGACCUUGCUGAGACUGCAGCAGGCGUGUCCCACAGAAACGAAGAAGCACCAGAGGAAAAGAAAGCAAAACUCCAGGAGAAUUCCCAAUUCCAAGGUCCGUUACCCUCAGGGGACAUUUCUACACCAGCGCCAGACAAAAACAGACCUCAAGGACUCACGCGACAAGAUUCAAUCAAAAAUGGCUCAGGGGUGAAGCAGCAUUCAAUGCAGGCCGCCAGUGAGAUAACCACAGACAGGAAAAGGAGCCCAUCAACGUCCAGGGAACACAAUCGAAAAUACGAUCAGAGCGAUGAGAGAGUAGAUUCGUCACAGAAUGCAGGUUUGGAAAGUGCAAUGCAACGAUCUCCAACAGAAUAUGCAGAUCGUGACAAACGAUCCCUGCGUGGGCCACGGAUUUAUGAUGAUUCUGAACAUAUUGAGCACAGAGGAAGUAGGGACUCCAGUCGUAGAAGUCGAAGAAGGUCUCAAGAGUUCAGAGAUUUUGUAGAUGAGGAUAUUGAUGUACAAACUAGAGAUGAAUAUGAAAGACAAAAGCGAGAGGAGGAGUACCAAGCUCGUUAUCGCAGUGAUCCAAAUUUGGCUCGUUACCCAGUCAAACCUCAGCCUUAUGAAGAGCAAAUGCGGAUGCAUGCUGAAGUAUCUCGGGUGCGUCAUGAACGAAGACAUAGUGAUGUGUCGUUGGCUUAUACAGAGAUAGAUGAUGCACAAGUCUCAAUGCAUAGUAUGGAAAGGCAGUCGAGACAACGCUCUGCAUGUGACCGUAGAGUUCCUGUGCAAAAUCAACGUUCUUACUCUGUGGAAAGAACUCAAGACAUGCAAGGGUCAAGUCCUGGUUGGCAAAGGACCCCAAAUCACAGUCCACCGACACCUCGUCGAAGUCCGCUCCCAUUCGAUAGGAGUAACAUGCGCAGUUCAGAGUCAUUGCGGAAACAACAUCAUUUGGAUCCAAGUUCUGCUGUUAAGAAGACAAAACGGGAAAAGAUGGAAACCAUGCUACGAAAUGACUCGCUCAGCUCAGACCAGUCUGAAUCGGUAAGGCCACCACCACCCAAACCACACAAAACAAAGAAAGGAGGUAAAACACGCCAACUGUCAUUGAGUAGCUCAGAGGAAGAACUUGCAACUACUCCAGAAUACACCAGCUGUGAUGAUGUUGAGAUUGAGAGUGAAAGUGUCAGUGAAAAAGGGAACAGUCAAAGGGGAAAAAGAAAAACUAGUGAGCAGGCAGUAUUGUCGGACUGUAACACCUUGUCUGAGAGGCAAAAGAAAAUGGUGCGUUUUGGCGGCCACUCAUUGGAAGAGGACUUGGAAUGGUCUGAGCCUCAGAUUAAAGACUCUGGGGUAGAUACAUGCAGUAGCACAACACUAAAUGAAGAACAUAGCCAUAGCGAGAAGCAUCCAGUGACCUGGCAACCAUCCAAAGAUGGAGAACGACUAAUUGGUCGAAUAUUGUUAAAUAAACGACUAAAAGAUGGCACUGUGCCUAAAGAUUCUGGAGCGCUGCUGGGUUUGAAGGUGGUGGGUGGAAAGAUGACUGAAUUUGGCAGACUAUGUGCAUUCAUUACCAAGGUGAAGAAGGGGAGUUUAGCAGACAUUGUGGGGCAUCUGAGACCAGGUGAUGAAGUACUUGAAUGGAACGGCAGGUCAUUACAAGGAGCCACAUUUGAGGAGGUGUAUAACAUCAUCUUUGAAUCUAAACCUGAGCCACAAGUUGAACUUCUGGUUUCCAGGCCUAUUGGGGAUAUUCCCCGGAUACCAGACAGCACACGUGGACAGCUAGAGUCAAGUUCGAGUUCCUUUGAGUCUCAGAAGAUGGAACGUACCUCUAUUUCUGUCACAUGCCCCAUGAGUCCUGGAAUGUUGCGAGAUGCUCCACAGUUCCUGCCUGGACAGCUUUCAAGCCAAAGCCUUAGUAGAAGAACAGCGCCUUUUGUUCCUAGGGUUCAGAUCAAACUCUGGUAUGACAAAGUUGGCCACCAGCUUAUAGUUACAAUUCUGGGAGCAAAAGAUCUUCCUUUCAGGGAAGAAGGAAGGCCAAGAAAUCCUUAUGUGAAAAUCUACUUUCUUCCUGAUCGAAGUGACAAAAGCAAACGAAGAACAAAAACGGUGAAGAAGACGCUUGAGCCAAAAUGGAACCAGACAUUCAUUUAUUCUCCAGUUCAUCGGAGAGAAUUUCGGGAACGUAUGUUAGAAAUCACACUGUGGGACCAAGCUCGAGUCCGGGAGGAAGAGAGUGAAUUUUUAGGAGAGAUUCUCAUAGAAUUGGAAACUGCCCUGUUGGAUGAUGAACCACAUUGGUACAAACUCCAGAUGCAUGACGUUUCAUCAAUGCCACUUCCUCAACCUUCACCAUAUUUGCCACGCAGACACCCACAUGGUGAAAGCCCAACAAGAAGGUUACAAAGAUCUCAACACAUCAGUGACAGUGAAGUGUCUGACUAUGACUGUGAUGAUGGAGUUGGGGUCAUUUCUUCAGAUUAUAGACACAAUGGGAGAGAUAUUCAAAGUUCAACAUUAUCUGUUCCAGAGCAAGUAAUGUCAUCAAACCAUUGUUCACAGUCAGGCUCAUCACUUCGUGGAGACAGUAUGGGCAGGAUGCGCUCCCGAUCCCCCAGUGUUCCUCCUCAUCAAAGAAGCUCAGAGCUGGGUCUUAGAAGCAGUCGCUGUUCUCAACAGUACAACAUUAUCAGCCGAAUGGACAGACACAGGAUACUGGAUGGCCACUAUUCUCCGGAAAGGGAAAGUCAGUAUCUUACACUACCUCGGUCCAGAAACAGUCAUGUCAUCGAUCAUCACCACAAGGAUUUCAGCAGCACGUACCAUAUAGUUUAUCCUCUCUAUCGAGAAGAUGCAAUAAGGUUACUUCGUUCCCAAAAGAUGAACCGCACAUACUCUGAGGGUGCUUACAAUAUUCUUGAGAGGAGGAUUAGGCAACAGAGGAGAGUACCCAGUGUUUGCUUUGAUGGUGGCACUGCCCAUCAUCCAGACAGACGGUACAAUGGUGGAAGUCACAGUGCAUGGUCUAAUCAUUCUGUAGUCAAUGGAACGCCAGAGCACUAUAGCCAGAUUUCUUUAGCACACAGAAGAGCAGCUUGCCCAAGGAUAGAAAUCCAGCAACCUUCCACUGACACUGACAGGAGUGAGACAGUGGAAAUGGUGCCAGACCAUGAAUCCCAUUCAGAAGCUGAACAGAUUGAGCCAACUGAGGAAAAGAGGAAUCGUGAGGCACCUGAUAGACAGGAAUAUCAAAGAUCCAGGCCAUCAGAGCAACGACCCGUACUCGAGCGGAUGAACUCCCGCUCCAGAUCCUCAGAACGUGCCGAAACAAACGUCAUACGAUCGAUGCCAUCAUUAACAUCGGGAAGAUCUGCCCCUCCCUCACCUGCACUAACGAGGUCACAUCUUCGUGGUGGAUCAGUCCAGACAAGCCCAACCAGUACACCAAUGGCAGGACGUAGAGGCCGGCAGCUCCCACAGCUUCCAUCAAAGGGAUCGUUGGAAAGAAACAAUGGAGAAGAAGGAAUUGAGCUUUAUGAAGACGAAUUGGAAUCACCCAAAAGGAGGAACUCAGGUGCAAUGGAUGUGGAAGAGAGGACACGCCAAAUGAAAAUGAAAAUAAGCAAGUACAAACAGGUUGCAACAUCAGAUUCAAGAUUGGAACAGGAGUAUCAUUCCAAGCAUCGGCUGGGACGGGACUCUCAGCGAGGGUCAGACAGUAUCUCCAACAAGUCAUCAGAUAGUGAUGUAAGUGAUGUGUCUGCUGCGUCAAGGACGAGUAGUGCUUCUCGAAUGAGCAGCACAAGUUACAUGUCAGUACAAUCCGAGCAUCCUCGGACAACCAGGAAGAUCAGGAGGUCUGAAGCAUUAGAAGAAAAGAAAGAGGGAGGGGAAGAAGGAGAGGAGGAAGAGACAGAGUUGGAGGCAGAGAUAGAGGAAGAGCAGGGGGAAAAGGAAGAAGGGAAGGAAAAAGAAGGGGAGAGGGAAGAAAUAACCCAAAAUGAGGAAAAAGAGCUAAAUAAGGAAGCAGGGGAAGACGACAAACCAAAGGAAGAAGAAUGUGAUCGAGAGGAAUAUGAGGAAGAGAAAUGUGAUCGAGAGGGAUGUGAGGAAGCAGAAUGUGAUCAAGAGGAAUGUGAGGAAGAGACAGGGGCAAGACAAAGGGAAAAUGAGGAUUUACAAAGGAGAUAUUCUGAAAAUGAUGUCAGCAAACAGAUGGGGACUUCGGGAAAGAAUAUGACGAAAAGCACCAGUGUGAUCGGUGAUAUGUACAGCAUGGAGAAAAAUGAUGGCAGCCAGUCUGAUACUGCUGUGGGCACUGUUGUAAUGGGUGGGAAGAAGCGACGAUCCAGCAUUGGUGCUAAAAUGGUCGCUAUCGUAGGUCUCUCAAGACGUAGCCGCAGCACUUCACAGCUAAGUCAAACAGAGGCUGGAGGGAAAAAGCUACGCAGCACCAUCCAACGCAGCACAGAAACUGGAUUGGCAGUUGAAAUGAGAAAUCGAAUGACCCGGCAGCCAAGCCGUGAGUCUACUGAUGGGAGCAUGAACAGCUACAGUUCAGAGGGAAACCUUAUCUUUCCUGGUGUUCGAUUGGCGUCAGAUAGCCAAUUCAGUGAUUUUUUGGAUGGCCUUGGUCCAGCCCAGAUGGUUGGACGUCAGACAUUAGCAACACCAUCCAUGGGUGACAUCCAGAUCGGCAUGAUGGAUAAGAAAGGACAAUUAGAAGUAGAGGUGAUUCGCGCCCGAGGUCUAGUAGGAAAACUUGGCUCCAAAGCUUUACCUGCACCAUACGUUAAAGUUUAUCUGCUGGAAAAUGGCAUCUGUAUAGCCAAAAAGAAAACUAAAGUGGCACGAAAAACUCUGGAUCCUUUGUAUCAGCAACAGUUGCCAUUUGAAGAUAGCCCCCAAGGGAAGGUUCUGCAGAUCAUUGUGUGGGGAGAUUACGGACGAAUGGAUCACAAAUCCUUCAUGGGAGUUGCACAGAUCCUAUUAGAAGAGCUGGACCUGUCCAACAUGGUGAUCGGCUGGUACAAACUCUUUCCCACUUCCUCACUAGUCGAUCCAACCUUGGCUCCCCUAACAAGAAGAGCUUCCCAAUCCUCUCUUGAGAGUUCAUCUGGACCUUCUUAUGCUCGUUCAUAGCAGUUGUGAAAGUGUUGCUAUCGCAACCAGUGUUCAGCUCACUGAUCGUCACCCUGGUCACACUGCAUGCUUGAUGUUGUGUCUUCUGAGCCUGUUCCUAGGGAUUAAAAGCGGUCCUGUGAUCUCAGAGGAAAUUGCACACAUUGUGCGCUAAAAAGGUCCUUAGAGAAGGAGGUGCAGUUUUGCUGAACUUAUGUGGUUGCUGGAAUUAAAUGACAAUUUUUUUUGUCCAAUCAGAAGCCAUGAAUAUAAAAAUAAAUAAAUAAGAACCUUUCAAUUCACACAACAGAAGCCCUUACUUUUCAAUGAACCAUUAUUUUUCUGUUCCUUAUCCCCGCUGAUUCAUCUGCUACUCCGACACUACCGGCUUGACUCCUAAAGUGACAGCCAAAGAUGUCAUGAAGGCUGACAGGCUGUUAGUUCUGAGAGACAUCAAGGGCAUAUCAUUGAGAUGUGAGUUGAAAGUAGAGUAUACUAAUGACUAGAAAAUCACCAGACGGGCCAAAAUAAGGAAUCAGCUGCACAAAACUGCAGCACAAGAGAUUUAAUUUUUUUUUUCUUAAAAAAAUGCGAAGUAUAAAAUGGUACUGGCAUUCAAUAUCGACAUGGAAGCUCCAGAAAGAUACCACAGUGAUUCACAAAGGGAGAGGGCUCGUGACCUGAUAUUGCUGUUUCUCUGCUGAUAUACUGUAUGAAAUUUAAAAGAAAAAAUGCAUGGACACAAAUUUAACUGAACUUAAAAGAAAAAUACAACAUUUAAAAUUAUUUUCUUGGGGCUGAAACUUGCAGAAAUAAAAAACAGCCAUUUUCAACAAUUUAUAUUAUUUUUAAAAAAUAUUUCACCAGUGCAUGGUUUUAUGGGGGUGUGAAUGCAACAGUGUGAUACAAUGACCACAUGUUUCCCAUAUUCAGAGUAAAUCAUUUAUGAGCCGGUCUAUUUCAGACAAUGAUUACUAAGGAAGGGCUGGGCUUACUAAAUAAAAGUAAUUUUGAUGAGAUGUAAGGGAAAUGUCAUCUUGUGGACAAAAACGUAAAUUAAAAUUAUGACAUAGACCUUCAAAGUUGGACAUUAUUCAAAAAUUACACAUGCUGUUCUGUCCCUUUUACUGGGUAAUUUAUUGUAUGUUCUGAGUACGACCUCGUGUCUCUGGCCACUCAAGCCCCUCAUCUGGGUUAAAGGUUGCAGUGCAAUGCUGCAUUUUGAUUCUUUGGGUAAAUUAUGCCAUUCUAACAACAAUAACAACAAAGAAAUGAUAUGAUUUGCAAGCAUGUUGAAAGGAUUUUUGCAACAUGGCUUGGGCAUACUGCAAUAAUUCAGCAUGCAUUUGACAAAAAAAUUUGCAGCAUCCUUUUAUUGUACAGUGCAUGAUGACAUAGAACUUACUUACAUUUUCUCAUUUUAAAUUGAAUUCUACAGCAAAUAAGAGAAUUGUCGGGUCAUUGUUCAGAAAAAAAAGUUCUGUAACAUAAAAUAAUUUCUAGCAGCAUUCAAUGUGUACAUACCAUAGGAAUAUGACUUCUUCUCUGAAAUUAUAUAGAAUUGAUAUUGACAGAGGACAAAUCAACUAACACGGUAUUCUAAUUGAGAAUUGUUUUACAAUGAUAUAAUAAGUCUCCUUGACCAGCCUGGUGUAGACAUCAUCCAGUCAGAUGAUUAGUUUUGCAUGCCUGAAUUCUUAAAGUCCUUUAGACAGAAUUACAAAAGGUCAAUCUGUUUUGCUGUAAAGUUCAAUUUUCACACAUAUAUUUAUGCAGUUUAAUGAGGACUUUUAACAUGGACUGGUGUUCGCUUGCUAGAUUGUGCUGAAAGUUGACCAUUGGAAAUCACCUGUUACAUACUGUUGUUCUGGGGUUCGAAAUUGAACUCUACACUAAUGAAUUAGAUUAUGACCAUGCUGUGACACCCUUCCCUGAUCUCACUUCCAUAUUGAAAGAGGCUAGUUCUUUUUUAGAAGUGCUCUGUAGAACAUGCAAUUUGUGUGAAUGCAGGUGAUGAAGAUGCUGAUUUGCCACAGUGUUUUGUUAUUGGAAAGGAGGCUGGUGGACCACAUGAAGGAUCGUCAAUGAGUAUGCUUGAAUACCAUUUAAAAGGAAAAUUUAAAAAUGCCUUUUUAAAUUUUUAUUUAGAGCGUGAUUUAGUUUCUUGAGUCUUUUGUCUCAUGACAUAAAGUAUUGUAUCUGAGAGCUUGAAUGUUGAGCCAUCUUCAAAAAAAAACAGGAGAUUCCUACUAUAUCAUCAAAAUAACACUAAUUUCUUGGAAUUAGAGCUGGCAGUAGCCUUUGGCUACUGGUGCCAGCUUUCCACAUUACUGUGCGCAGCCACAUGUCUGGACCCACAACAGUUACAUCAAAAAUGUAUUUGCCCUUUUUAAAGAAAACAAAAUUUUAAAAUAUAUAAUUAUUUCAUACACAUUGUGACAGCAACUCAAGUUAUCAUUAUUUGAUUAUUUUCUGCAUAUUAUUCCUCUUUAAAGUGAUCUUUUGGAACUAUUAGCAAGAAGGAUAUUAAAGUAUGAAAGAUUUGUACAUAUUUAUCAUUGUGCAGUAUUUAUUUGAGACUUAAUUUUUAAAAAAAUAUAUUUUUCACAUUAUGUCUACAACCUGUUUAUGAUUUAAUCAUGUCAGUGGCACUAUUCCAGUAAAACACAGCUGUCUUGUAGAUAGAUUUUAAGUAAAGAGGACACUGCUGUUAGAUUACUGGUCAAUUGGCCUUUAUGUGACAACAACUAAUGUAAAACAAACUCGUUUCUGGUGAUGGUAUUUAA